AUGGGUCUUUGGGGGCCUCCUCUGCUGCUCUCCUUCCUCUCGUUUUUCCUGCUGCCCCCAGCAGCAGCAAAACGAAUACCAAUCACCACCAGGCCGCUGCAGCAGCAGCAGCAGCAGCAACAGCAGCAGCUGCUGCUGCGGCAACAGCAGCAUCUACAGCAGCAACAGCAUCAGCUGCAGCAGCAGAAGCUCCUGCUGCAGCAGCAGCAGCAGAGGUUAAGUGCUGCCACUGUCUUCUCUCUAAGGCUGCGGGGGCCCCCAAAACCAAACCUGAAAGGGGUACUAAAGGGGGGCCCCCCAGGGGCCCCAUGGGCGCAGAGGGGCCCCCCUCUUCUCUCUGUUGUUGUUUCAUUUCUUCUUUUGCUGCUGGCAGCAGCUAUCUUUAAGAAGCAUUCACCGCACUGCAGCAGCAGCAGCAGCAGCAGCAGCAGCAACAGCAGCAACAGCAGCAGCAGCAGCAGCAGCAGCGGGGGAUCAGGUAUGGAGCAGGCAUCUGCUUCUGCUGCUGCUGAAGCCUUUGUGCUGCAGCAUUUGCUGCAGCGAAUUGAGGGGGGGGCCCCCGGGGGCCCCCUACCUGAUGGGGCCCCCAUUAGGUUCUAUUGGGGGCCCUUUCCUUUCUUUCUUAGGGCCCGGCAGCAGCAACAGCAGCAGCUGCAGCACCCGCAGCAGCAGCCGCAGCAGCAGCAGCAGCAGCAGCAGCAGCAGCAGCAGCACCCGCAGCAGCAGCCACAGCCGCAGCAGCAGCAGCAGCAGCAGCAGCAGGAUAUAUUUAUGUGUGUUUAA